AUGGAGAUGAAGGUUGAGGUGUUCAUUAAUCUCAAGCAAGGAAAUAUGAGGGUUGAGGAGUAUUCCUUGAAAUUCACUAUGUUUUCUAGGUAUUCUCAAUCCUUAGUGUCUAACCCUAUGGAUGACAUGAGUAGGUUUGUGACCCGUGUCGCCGAACUUGUGAAAGAAGAGUGUCAUACAGCCAUGCUCUAUGGUGAUACGAAUUUUUAUAGACUAAUGGUUUAUCCUCAAUACAUUGAGGAGUCUAAGAUUAGUAGGAUUUCUAGAAACUUGAAGAGAAGUGGGUCAAGUGAUCAAAACCAACAUAGGUUCAAGAAGACGACUCCAAUUCAAUAUGAACCUAGGGGUCCUAAGGUGAAACUUGAGAAGGGUAGUGGUUCUCAAGGUUUUAAGCCUACUUCGGCUACUUGUGCGAAGAAGCACUAUGGGAAAUGCCUAAUCGGUACCGAAAAUUGCUUUGGUUGUGUUAAGGAUGGGAAUAAGGUAAGGGAUUGUCUUAGUAUUUCGUCUAGAGGAAAGGACGGUAAGAAAGUUCCUUUAAGUGUUCCAGGUAAUAAUGUUCCUAAGAAGACUCAUUUAUAUGAACUACGGGCUGUGGGAUCAAAGCAGGAUGAUGAUGAUGAUGAUGUUUGUAAGUUAUAG